AGAAAGAGGAAAGGGGGCGGCUGAGCUCCUGGAUUUGCCCAGAGAGGAGGAGGGCGCGAAUCGACGCAGCUUUUUGCCCCCCUCGGUCCGUGAGGAGCCUCCCCCCGGCCGAGCCCCGUUGGCUUGUAGGCAGCUGGCCUCGCUCGGGACCGGAGCCCUGGAAAAGAAAAGCCUCCGGAGGCCGCUUCACGAGGGCCAAGAGGUCUUCUUGGGCUCCGGUUACCCCCCCUUCCCCCGGCAGCUUAUUCGUCGUCGUCAGAGAAGGAGGAAGCUGAUGGUGGCAUGUACAACCAGCGGAAGAAAAUUAUUCCUCCUUUCCCAACAAGGUGGAACCUAGAGGAUGACUCAUCAGGGGGCUGUUCUACAAAGCUAUAAUAAUGAACUUGUGAAAUACAUGGAAAACUUAUGUAUCCAAAGAGAAGAGCUGAAUAAGCAGAUUGGUCAAGCAGAAGAAGAGAAGAAUAAGACCCAGGAUGAACUCAAGAAACUAACAAAACGUUUGGAGUCAGUUUGCGAACGCUUGGAGGAGAAAAUUGCUGCACAGAAGAAACUUGAUAAAAUUCUUGCUGAAACUGAACUGGCCUAUGAGAAGAUCUUGGAAAGUACUCGAAUGCUCCUGACUGUUUUGAAGACAGAAACAGGGAAUCUGGAUGAAAUAAUAACACUGAAAAGUAACGUGGCUGGGGAUGUUCAAAUGUUUGGGCUCCAACAAACCCAACAUUAAGUUUGGUGAAAAGUUAUCCAAUAAGUCUCACUCAGCAGUCACUUUAAUGUGUGUCUUUUGUAUUGAUGGUGCAUUUUAAAAAUAGUCAAUAAACAGUAAUAAAAUUCUUAAA